AUGGUGGCGUUGACUCAUAAUAUCGCCAAGAAACAGCAUCGGGAACGUGCCCAACCGACCGAGAGACGCAAAUGGGGUCUGCUGGAGAAGAAGAAGGACUAUAAACUGCGGUCGCAGGACUUUCAUAAGAAAGAGAACCAUCUUAAGCUGCUGCGGAGAAAAGCCACUGAACGCAAUCCAGAUGAAUUCUAUCACUCUAUGGUCAAUAAAAAGACCGACAACAGAGGCAUUUUAAUAACUGAGCGAGGAAACGAAGUUUUAAGCAAUGGAGCAGCCCAGCUGCUGAAAACACAAGACUCAAGCUACGUCCGAACGCUGACGAGCGGCGAAAUCCGCAAAAUCGAGAAGUUAGAAACCGAACUCACAUUUGGCGGUCAAGGAGAACACACUGUAUUUGUCGACUCGGACUCUCAAGCCAAAUCUUUUGAUGCUGCCGAGUAUUUCGGGACCCAUAAAUCGCUGCUCAACCGACGUGAGAACAGACUACGGAAAAACCAGCUCGAAGAACAGGAUCUCUCUAAAACCACUCUAAUUCCUACCGAUGUCGACGAGCGAACAGAACAGAAACUGAGAAAACAGAAAAUGGCUAAAUACAAAGAGCUCGACCAGCGACUGGAACGUCAACAGCAGCUGUCACAAGUCCAGCAGCAAAUGGAUUUACAAAGAGAGCUCAUGAAAAAGGGCGACAAAAAGAAAAUCAUCACCAAAGACGGCAAACAAACCUGGAAAUGGAAAAAUGUCCGCAAACGUUAA